AGAGCCAUUUUAGGUUGAUAGCUCUAACGGCUUGGCCACUGUCCUUCAUGGUGAGCUCGUUGUUUCUUCUCACGGGCCUUAGCUGCUUGGUGUCAGCGGCAUGCCAUCCUGGCACCUGGGAUGGCGAGGUCAUCAUGAAUGAAAAUGGAGCAGAGCUGCCUGACCUAUCAGGUGAAUGGGCUGAAGGGGAGGGCAGCUUUCAGUUGCGAAUCUUCCAGCCAGCAGAGGAGCCCGCAGCCGCUCCUAACAGUAGCUAUGCCCGCCUUCUUGCGAAUGGCCAUGUGCUGGAGGUCUGCAAAUUGGAGCCCAUUUUCUCCUAUGAAACUCGGGAGCGCCUGAGGACCACCAUUCGUUGUGCACGAUCUGCACAUGGCUGGCGUGGCACGCAAGAACGCCAGGGAAUUGUCUUGAAUGCCAGCCAUGUUGCUUGGUCGGAUGGGUGCUGGAUGAAGAAUGGUCCAGGAGAGACCUUGGGCCGGUUCACGACUCCGCGGAUUCACAAGGUGCAUGUCGUUUUCAUGAAUCACUAUGAUGUGGGAUACACCGACUUUUUAAAUGGUGUAGACAACACAUAUAUGCACAAGUACUUUCCCUUGGCUGCUGCCACUGCAGAGAAGAUGCGAGCGUCUGGGCAGAAUUUUACCUACACCACGCACCCGUGGCUAAUGCAGCGCUUCUUGGCGUGUCCUUGCCCAGCGCAAAGCUGUCUGGCCCGGACCUUGAACAAUACCAUGGAACCUCCGCUGACGUGCCCAUCGACCGUGGAAGUUGAAAACUUCUCAGCGGCCGCGAAAGCAGGAGGGAUCGCUUGGAACGCGGCGCCCUUCAACAUUCAGCCUGAGAACAUGUCCCCCGAGCUCUUCCGUGCUGGUUUUGACCUCACCCGGCGGAUGGACCAGCGCUUCGGGCACCAGACGCGCACCAUGAGCAUCCGGGACGUGAUUUACGUCACUCGAGCCGUCCUUCCGCACCUGGCAGAGUACAACAUCACUGGACUGACGAUUGGUUCCAAUGGCGCCGACUUUCCACCGCAGGUGCCCAAGCUCCAUCGUUGGGUCGACGAGGCCACACGGAAGGACAUCCUGGUGGCUUAUCAUCCGUACGGCUAUGGUGGCUAUGGUCUCAAGGAUUGUGCUGAAGCUCCCAAUGGGAUUGCAUUGUGCACUGAGUUCCGGACUGACAACACUGGACCGCCAGCUGGUGUCUCGGAGGUGACAGGCAUCCUGGAUAGUGUGCGAAAGGAGUACCCCGGGGCUACUGUUCUGGCCUCAACAUUUGAUGCUUUUUUCGAGGAUGUGCAGCCAGUGCGGCAGCAACUGCCAGUCAUCAGCCUUGAGGUCGGAGAUACGUGGGUGUAUGGGAAUCCUUCUGACCCCUUGAAGAUGGCUCAAUAUCGUGCCAUCCAACGCGCUUGGGUGAAGUGCAUGCAGCACGAGCCUCGAUGCCAAGCUUCGGACCCUGCGAUUCAAAACAUGACAUUCUUUUUGCUGAAAGCGCCAGAGCACACCUGGGGCACUCCAGGAAUCUCAGGCUGGGGAUCUGGGGGUGACUACAAUACCACCCGAUUCCGCAAAGACAUCAACAAUCAGAGCUUCAUGAAAGCCGCAGAGUCUUGGGCAGAGCAACGGCUCUUCAAUGAGCUGGCGGUUCGAUCCUUGGAGGAGUCAUCCCAUCCGUUGGGGCCUUUGGCGCGGGAAGAGCUCACGAUGCUAGAAGAAGUCCAGGAGCCUUCACUCGAGCAGUUGCUGGAAGUCUCAGGUGAUGCCCUCAUCACCUUCUCCAGUGGCACCCAGAUGCAGCUGGGUGCCGAUGGUAGCAUCGUCUUGCUGCGUUUUCCCGGAGCUGAAGAUUUGGCCUCAACCUCGGCACCUAUGGCGAGCUUCAGCUACCAGACCUUCAAUGAUUCGGAGUGGCAACCCUUUACUUAUGCAUAUCUCAACGACCACCAGAUGCAAAGAGGAUUCUGCAAACCAGGCUCCAACAACUUCACUGAGAGCGCAAUUUGGAAACCUCAGCUAGAGAAACUCUUCGUUAGUGGCAGCAGCAGUGCAGCAAGCUUCAUUUUGGCACAAAUGCACUUGCCAGACAAGCCGCAGAAAGCUUAUGGAGCUCCCUCCAAAAUCUACCUGAAGAUCACGGCGACCAGCAGUGCUGCAGAUUUGACCUUCACCACCAUUGGCAAGCAGCCAACAAUGAUAGGAGAAUCCAGCUCAGUCUCCUUUGUACCAGCGGCACAGUUGCCGCUUCACGGCUCUGCUUGGAGGCUAAUGAAGUUGGGUCAGGAGAUUGACCCUGAAGGAGUUUUGGAUGGCGGCAAUCAGUUCACUCAUGGUGUUUGGGGCGGUGCAUCGGUAAGGACUUCGCAUGGAGUCUUGAAAUUGGAUUCGCUGGAUGCUAUCAAUAUGAAUCCAAUCACUCCUGAUUUUCCAGUUGGCAACCCGCUGCCAGCAAGCUAUCAGGAAUCUGUGGCAAGAGCUGGCAAAGGUUUGAGCAGAUUGGCACCAGGGAGCAUCAAAGGUAUGGCCGUGAACCUCCACAACAACCUUUGGAAUACCAACUACGCUUUGUUCUAUCCAUAUUAUGAUGCCUGUCAUCACAUCCGGAGCGGACUGUCACCCGCUAAGUCAGGAUUCUUUCAAAGUUGUUUAGGAGGCUGUUGGGCCGAGUCCGGAUUUCCUUGUCAUGUCUCUUUUUAGGCCGCAUCCCAAGCUCUGUGUGCAAAGCUCAGGAUGCGCGAUUUUGCGAGAGCCC